CAGUUACAUUACUAUACAAUCUGGGAAUAAGAAUUAAAGUAUCAAACAAUCUGGAUAAUCAAUCUGGGAGUAUUUAUUAAAGUAGUAAACGCUCUGGAAAAAUUACAGUAAUGAAUAAUCUGGGGAUAAUAAUUACAGUAAUAAAUAAUUUAAUUCAAAUCUCUCUCCUUUGCCCCCAAAUUACAGGUAGGUUCACAUUUUCAAUUUGAUAAAACAUUUUUAUUGUAUUUUAGAACGAUAUGUAAAGUUGUGUAUAUCAACACUUUGAAGGAACUAAACCUAAUACCCUCAAAUUCAUGAUGUGCAAAAUGUUGAUGAGGUUUACUAAAUGGAACAGAUUUCCACAGUCCCUGGUUGAUGACAAUAAACAGCUCCUGUGCUUGACUUCGGUGCAUCAGCCGGCACUAUACAAAAGCCACACAAUUCUCUCUUGCAACGACAGAGUGAUAAAAAAGCCCCCUUUCUCGGGAUUGUUACUGCUUUGGGUCUGGUAUUUCUGUUAUCUUCUGAUUUCCAGGAGUACAACUUUUUAUUCAGCAAUGUGUGAUUUUUAUUGUUUUCAUUUUGUUUUAAAUACAAGGAUCAGAAUUCCUAAAUGUUUUUUUGUUUUUAUUGAAUACACAUGGCAGCAUGCAUUGGAACUCUGAACCCUUAAUUAAUUUCUCUAUUUGGGCUUUCAAGAGAUUCCAAGUCGCCUCUAACGUGAUAUCUGCUUUGUGUGAACUCACCAGCCGUGUGCCUGGGUCAGAACACAUUCGUGAUGAACUGUGAUGUAUCCCAUACACACAGCUAUAGCACACACCACUGUUCUCUUAUUUUUCGGAACGAUUCGACUAAACUCAUAUGGACGUGAGUUAUAUGGUCUUGACAAAAUUCUCCAGGUACUCACAUACUUCAUGGGGGAUUUCUGAAGAUCUUGCCCCAGUCAUAAAUACACAGUCGGUCAACCCCAGGAUUAAAAUUGCAAGAUCAACACUAUCAGAAUCCUACUGCGUUUUAUCGUUUUAUGUCCCCCUCCCCUCCACAUAACAUUUAAGCCUGGAAUCUGAUGGAGGUGUAAUUUAAAGACGUAUUCCUCCGAAAGGAGGGGAGGUCUGAGACAGUUCAUCCUGCUAGCUCCGGUGCCGGUGAGAGAGAAAUAAAAACGGGGCAGUUGUAUGGAGAUAAGCCCGGUGGUUGGCCGGAGAUUUCUCAGAUCACUGAACACAGGCAGCGAUACAAACCGGCCCUUUCCCCAAACAAACAUUCGGAUGAAGUUCCACAAGAUUUAUUCAAGUUUACAGAUGUUCCCAGUUCCUUAAGGUACAGUUUCAAAGCUCGUCAAUCCUUUCCAAUGCUGACGGAAUCCACAUUAUACCCUCUUUCGGAAAUGAGCACAUCAAAGAGAGGGAUUUCGAGGCUGAAUAACAGCGACACGCGUCCUCAUGACCGCACAGUCUGUGAGAGCACAGCAAUAUAAUUCUUCAGCAAAAUCACGUCAGACGUUUUAGCUUUGAAACCCUCACCCUCACAACCGAAAAUACACGCUCAGUGCUGGUGACAUCUAGGCGUUGGAUUGGCCUUUCUUCAGGGAAAGCUGACCUAGAUUCCUCACCUACCAUUGGAAAAUUAAAGCCUACACUUUGAACCAGUGUUUGUUCUGCAAACAGACCUGGCCGUAAACAAUCCGCUAUUACAUCUACAUCGAAGGCUAUCUAAGCCCGCAGUUCUGUUAUGUUAGCCGGGUAAUUUCACGGUACCACGAUGAGAGCUCAAUCGAUGUGUCCAUCAGGGGGACUGCCUUCUCUCGAUCAGAACAAAACAUCGACAAUCUUUUACUGGAAGCGCUUUGGGUGUUCAAACACAAUACCGUCACAUCGAUCCACAACGUGUACACUGAUUUAUCUCACUCCCCAAUGCCUGUUUAACCUGUUGUGUGGUUAAAAUAAAACCCGCCAGGUUUAGGAAACAGACCCAUGUCCCACACGUGAAAGAAAGAAAUUGCAAUACUGUCCAUUCACGCUUAUUUCAACGCCAGUAAAAUAUAUUGUGUGCAAUUACUCCAAACUCUACAACCAUUGAUCGCUUGCUGCUGGGAAAUGCCUUUAGAAAUCGAAUGGAUUUACCAUGGCAGAAGCGUUAUUUUCUUGCUCCGGAUGGAUCAAAUAGUUUAUUAUCACCAAAGAUAACUCAAUUAUAUCAACAAUUAAAGCGAACACGAGAAGUGAUUUCCGUUUCGCGGGAUAAUGGAAGCGCGUUUAGCUAUCACAAAAAAACCCCGAAACCUUCACAAACACUGCCUUGAUUCACAAUUUGCGACGGAAUCAUCUGUUCUGACCUGACAUCAGGUUAGCACACGGAAGGGUUUUGUCAAUAAAAUACAUUUCCCGAGGAAACAUGUGACUGAAAGGCACUGAAUCUAAAACACAAUAAAACAGGCAACAGAAUAACAACACUGUCUAUUUUAUUAUUGUUUCGCGCCGGGGAGAGGGAAUAACGGGUUUACGUCCGAAAAGCGGACUUCUGGAAGCAGAAGUCGCUACGUAAGGGGUCCUCUGUACCUGAGAAAAAUGAUUUAAUCCCGUCCAAGUUAGCGUGAGGCUGCCGCAGAUUAUGUCAUACUAAAAAGUUGCACGUGUGAGCAAGUGUGUGUGCAAGUCUUUUGAGGGAGGGCAAGACAAGGAGGUUUUCUUUUCCCUUGCAGUUUUCUUUCUAUACCCAUCUCACAAAUAAUAUCCCUGGUUCCCUCUUUGUUGCAAUCGACCAUGCCGCCGUCCCUUCUCUCCACCUCCUGAGCCAUCCUGAGCGAUCCGGUGGCACUGAUUGGACUAUCAGUCCCUUCCACAAACAGCUUCUCCGUCAAUAAAAGCCAGGCAGGGCAAUGUGGAGAGUCAGUACCACCGUCUCCUGAUGUCCAUCCCUGACACCUAGAGGGGGGGAGGGGAGGGGAAGAGAGGGGAAGGAAAUAUAGGCCUGACUCGGCUCCUGAAAGCUUUGCACAGUCCAGACGGGUCGCCUUCUGUAAUCUGUCUAACGCCGGCUCGAAGAUGCCCAGAGGAUUCCUAGUGAAAAGGAACAACAAAUGGUCCCGGGUUUCAUACAGGAUUCGGGCUGAGGACGAUCAACUACUUCAAGGCCACCCUCUGACAGUGGGCAUGGGGCCAGCCGUGUGCCCGGACAGUCUUUUUGCCCAGUCAGGUUCCCAGAGCAGCGGCCCAGAGGGGUUUCACCACGGGAUGACAGAGGAUCAAGGCUUGGUGCCAGCCCAGGUCCAGAGAGAGCAGGCUGACACUGCUCUAGGCCGGGGCCUUACUGGGUGUCCUGCUGCCUCUUCCAGCCUGGUCACAGCCACCCACCUCAAACCAGAACCCUCUGCCUUGGACAGUAGCUGCCUCACCUCCUCCUCCUGCUCCUCAUCCUCCGCAGCUGCUGCCGCCAGGCCGGGGGAGUGGUCCCUGCGGGCACCGGCAGAGGGUACCCGGCCUGGCAGCAAUGACCCACACCCCCCAGCUUUACCGGGCACCAAGAUAGCUGGCCCAGAGCCCGGGCGCUGCAAGUACAAGGUGCGCCCGAAGAAGCCCAAAGUCAGCAGGAAACCCCAGUUGCAGGACGAGGUCAGCACUUCCCCUGUGCUCGGUCUGAGAAUUAAAGCGGACGCCAGCGACUGCAAAGCGGAGGCACCGUUAGCAAAGCCGCGGCUCCUGGCCGCCUACACCUGCCAGCUGUGCAGGGAGACCUACUCGGAUCCCUUCUCGCUGGCCCAGCACAGAUGCUCCAGGAUAGUCCGGGUGGAAUACCGCUGCCCCGACUGCCAGAAAGUCUUCAGCUGCCCGGCUAACCUGGCAUCUCACCGCAGGUGGCACAGACCCCGCUCGGGAGGCGAUGCGGCAGACCCUGCCAAGGAGGGGGCCAACUGGCCCGGAGCCCAGCCGCGGGUAGACCCAGAGAGCAAGGAGAACUCCUCGGGGGUGAGCGCCGGGGAGAGCCGCGGAGGCUUGCGGACCAUGGACAGCUCCGCGCUGAGCUCCGAGCCGAGCGAGGCCCCAACCCCCGUCACCCCGAGCCGCCCCCAGCGCUUCGAGUGCCGCUUGUGCAGCAGGAGAUUCCGGCGCCAGGCCUCCCUGGAGAAGCACCAGACCGGGCACCAGGCGGCCGGCUCCCCGGGCCACAGGCGCCUGCAGUGGCGCCGCCUCAGCUUCCCUUGCCCGCUGUGCAAUGUGAACCUGCCGUCCGCCGACAGCCACAACAAGCACCUGCUCUGGCAUGCGGUGACCCGCGGGGAGCCAACCGAGCUGCCGGAGACUGCCGCCGGCACCGGGGGGCAGCUCCUCACCUGCAGACACUGCCCUUCGAGCUUCCUGAGCUCGGCCAGCUUGAGCAGGCACCUCACCAAGUCCCACCCGUCAGAGAACCGGCAGCUCCUCCUCCUCCUGCAGCUCGCCACCGGGCCAGGCUGCUAAUGGCCUCCAGCCAGUGAGACCUCAGAAUCCAGAAGCAAUGUCUUUAUAUAGAACACAGUAAGAGCGUGUACCACAGGGAGUGCUGAGGCCAGUAGUACAGACAUGCUUAAGGAGGGGCUAGGAGGUUGGAUUCAUAAACAUAGCUGAGGAAAGGUGAAUAGGACAAGCAGGUUGGGUUGAGUGGACUGUUUUUAUGUAGUGCGUUGUGUACUUCAUUCUUUUCAAAACAUACCGCAAAAGACUCAAAAUCAUUUCUUACUCACUAAAGAAAAUAUGAUCUUAAACGAGAACCUGCUCCGACUGCUGCCAAACUAUUUAUUCUGAGCAUCCGAAUGAGUGACUUGUUUAGCAAAUGUGCUGAAUAUAGACCACUUGUAAGGUGUGUUCACUAUUCAGUGGUGGGUACUAGAGAGAAAAUGUGGGUAUAGUACAAUGGCAAUGGCACAUGUUCUAUCCAUGUACUGGCUCUGGUAGUUCAUGGAGACUUGCUUCUUUGUCUUGUCCAAUACUUGAUGUAUAGUGAUGCCUCAAGCUACAGUCAGAGACAUUAGGGGCUUUUAAGCGACUGCUGGACAAGCACAUGGACAGCAGUAAAUUGA